AUGGCGGACUACGAUAUGGACGCGAACGCCCACGCCGCGCAAGCCGAGGAGGCCAAGAAGAUUACCUUCAAGUUCUGUCGCGAGUGGCAAGCAAUACCUUCACAGGAAACUCGACGCAAUAGCUAACAGUCCCGCAGCUCCAACAUGCUCUACCCGAAAGAAGACCGCUCCGCCAACGAGCUCAUGUUCGCCUGCCGCACCUGCCAGUACAGCGAGAAGGCGACGGCAUCUUGCAUCUGGCGCAACUCGCUCAUGGAGGACGUCCAGGAUACUGCGGGCAACGUCGACGACGUCGCCCAAGAUCCAACGGUGGGUAAUGACUCCGAGAUGCAACUUCCAGACGCCCAGAUGGAGGAUGUAGAAUUCGAGGGUGAAGACGUCGUGCCGGAGCUGUGCACACUCUGCGGCCAGGAGAUCCUUUGUCCGAUUUGUGAAGGCCCUUCUGAUGGGGGAGUGGCGCUCGAGGUGGACGACCCUGAGCCGAAGGGACAAAAGAGCGAGGAGCUUAUCGAGGCAGAGAAGCGCGAGCGUGCUCUGUCAGGAGCCGGAUACAGGGGUUGA